ACAAUUAUGACUUACAUGCACCGCAGCGACAUGCGAGGCGGCUUUCAUGCCUUGACUCACCGACAUGCAUCCCUCGUCUCGGCUCACACCCCGAGACGGACGAUGAUAUCAACGAGGCCACUAUUCUAUUGCAUCAUGACAAUGGCUCUUUAUCUGUCCAGCUGGAUUGUGUCGUGGCAUCGACCGGCCUUGACUGACUAGCUCGGCUCGGCCUUUCUCUAGGCGAUUUCGAUGCUAACGGACGCGGUUACCAAUGGCCGCGCCGGCGUUCAUCAUCACCGGUAGACCCAUGACGGCAAUACGACUCUGGCCUUGCAGCAUCUCCUGCAACAAGCGAGAAGGGCGGUCCACACACGACGCUUGUUGAUCCACACACGGUCCAGGAACAGCGCAUUGCCAGAUGCCGUGCUGCAGUCCGCUCAGCCGGGCUGGGUUUCGGCAGGCGUACGAAGUAAGUGACCAGGGCUGCAACCACUUCGCACGCCGUCGCCGUGUCGAACGUAUUGCAGAGUUACAGGUGGGUGCGGUACUUGAUGCCGUUGACGUCGGCGUUCCAUCAUCCAGCUCGACCCACUCCUAGCAUCGCUACGGAUAGAGCCACGACAUCGACCACCCGGAUAAGAUCCGAAUGCCUCUACUAUUGACUGCUCCGAGGAGGAACUGGCGAAGGCGGUCAUGGUUCUUGACAAGUGGCCAACGCGGUCAUGGAUUUUACAAAGCCAUCCACUAUCUGCUGCGGGCCUCGACCUGUCGAUGCAAGCCAGGGAGUCGGGACCAGCACCGGCAAGGUCACGCCGUGAUGAGGGAGGGUUACCUCUGCGGUCGCCAGCCCCCAAGCACCUAAUUAACCUGCUGCUGGUUAUUGACAGGAAUGUCUGCGGCGGGUACCUUGCGAGUGCGCUCGCGCUGCUCUGAAGACACGAACUAGUUAGUGUCCUCAACAGUCCAUCUCGGCCGCCCCGUUAAGGUGUUCUGCUCUUGCAGCGUCACCGCAGUGCCACCUGGCUGGAUCCCGAUGAUAAUCGCUUUGACACUGAUCAGCCUAUUGGCCUGAUUCGAGUUCUGGAAGGUAGUGUGUCGAGCGCUGAUGUUCUUAAGGGGCUCUCUCGGCCUCUGUGAGCAGGUCGGCCUUUCAUUAUUGCUAGAGUUCGACACAUCUCGAAGUGGGCAGCAACUGGGACUUGCUACUGGAAGCAUCGCUUUCAGGGUCGCACUCCGCCAUGGAUCCCUCCGAAAUGCCCUCCGUCCAUGGGCUCACUCCUCUUCCGAGGAACAGGUCUUUUGCGACUCCGUCACUGGCGCCGUCCGAGUCCAGCGGGAGCAGCUCGGGACCGAACACGCCCCCAAAUAGGCAAUAUGACGAUGAAUUCCGUUACAAGACGAUGGUCAGGUACCUCAACAACAGAGUAGUGGCCAGUGGUUGGACACCCCCUGAAUCUGCCCGAAGUCACGACGACUGUCUUGGAGUUUUGCUGCGACGAUCAAGAGGCAACUAUGUCACCGCCCCAGAUACAGUUCAUCAUGUCCUUUUAGGGGCUGUAAUGCGACUGAAUCUGAGCGUGGCAGUCACGAUACGCCCACAGCUGCUCGAUGGUGUUCUCAAGUCCCUGACGCCAGGCCAUACAGAGUUGAAAUUCAAGGACGGCUCGCAGGUCCAGAUCAUCGACUCUCUGUCUUUUGCACACUCGGCAACAGUUAAGAAGUUUCAAUAUGCUUGCAUUUGCCGGCAGGAGCGGCUUGUCCUUGUCUGGCAUGAUGAUCUACAGAACAUCGUUCCGGCCGCGACACAGAUGGAGGAGAAGCUCCUCUCGCUGGUCUGGGGCGAAGGCAGGCUACCGUUCAACAUUCUCCCGAUGCCCAGCAGAGCACCUUCCGUCAUGUCAUCCGGCAUGUCCAGCCCUAACGGUUAUUCGACGCCGGCGCUGGAAAAGGGAACACCCCUAUCAUACAUCAACGAAAGUACUGAGGAACUCGACAGGGAUCCCGGCAUGGACCGUCCCGAGUCUGUCGCUCGACCUGUUGCUCGGGCUUCGGCCUUUUUCGUUGGAAUGGCAAUGUGCCUAUCCAUCUGCUUGUUGUUCGGCGCCUACAUCGGCAAAGUGGUCACCGAGUGCAUUCUGGACGGCUCGUGGAUGCACCUGGCCCUCGUUGCCCCGAUCCCCCUGCUGAUAUGUGUCAGUCUGUUCUUCUUUCAAGUCAUUUUCAGCAACCUUUUCCAGAUGAUCGGGCCCAUUGGCGGUGUCAGCACAAAUUCGAGGUACUACUCAUGCCACAAGCCCUGCCUUAAACGGGCUUUUGCGGAUGGCUUCCUGCCCCCCAAGAUCACUAUUCAGAUGCCCGUCUACAAGGAGGGUAUGGAGUCUGUGAUUAUUCCGACCAUCCGCAGCCUCCAAGCAGCCAUCUCAUUCUACGAGUCCCACGGCGGUUCUGCCAAUAUCUUCGUCAACGACGAUGGUCUCCGGGCGGGUAUGGACGAAGCAAUCGUCCAACAGCGACGAGACUUCUACCAUGACAAUAACAUUGGAUGGGUUGCACGGCCGAAGCACAACGGGGAUGAGGGUUUCGUGCGCAAGGGCAAGUUCAAGAAGGCGUCCAACAUGAACUUUGCCCUCAACAUUUCUCAAAAGGUAGAGGCCUAUAUUCAAGAAAUGGUCGAUGAGCGGCUGGCCUCGCUUGGAUCGGAUAUGGUGGACGAGGCUGAGGAGGCCAACAUGUACUCGGAGGCUUUGGCCCGCGUGCUGGCCGAGAACCCUCUUGCUUGGGCUGACGGCGACAUCCGUGUUGGUGAAUUCAUUCUCAUUGUCGAUUCGGAUACCCGGGUGCCCGUCGACUGCCUCCUCUACGGAGCCGCGGAGAUGUUCCUGUCCCCGGAGACAGCAAUUGUCCAGCACUCUACCGGCGUCAUGCAGGUUGCACACGACUACUUCGAAAAUGGCAUCACGUUUUUCACAAACCUUGUCUACACUUCGAUCCGCUUUUCCAUCGGCUCCGGCGAAGUUGCGCCCUUUGUUGGCCAUAACGCGUUUCUCCGGUGGCAAGCUGUUCAAGAGGUGGGAGUCGCAGAAGACUCGGGUCAUGUCCCUUACUGGUCUGAGAGCCAUGUCUCCGAGGACUUUGACAUGGCACUCCGCCUGCAAAUGCGAGGCAACAUCAUCCGGAUUGCCAGCUACCACAACGACCAAUUCAAGGAAGGUGUCUCUCUGACCAUAUACGACGAGAUUGCUCGCUGGCAGAAGUACGCGUACGGCGUGAGCGAGAUGAUCUUCCACCCUCUCCACCGCUGGAUCUUCAAAGGGCCCUUUACCCCCCUCUUCUACACCUACCUCGGGUCCAACAUUAUGCUCUCGUCCAAGAUAUCCAUCAUGGCCUACAUGUGUUCCUACUUUGCCCUCGGCUCCGCCCUCUUGCUCACCGUCAUCAACUACUUCAUCGUCGGCUGGUUCCGCGACGACCUGGGGAGCUGUUACCUCACCUCGUGGAACGUUUUCCUAUCGCUCAUCGUCGUCUUCAACGCCUCGGGUCCCGUCUCCCUCGCCAUCUUCCGCUACCGCACGGGCGAGCGCUCGCUCCUCGGCUCCCUGAUCGAGAACCUCAAGUGGAUGCCCAUGAUGACCGUCUUCUUCGGCGGCAUCUCCUUCCACAUCACCAUGGCCCUGCUCGCGCACCUCUUCUACGUCGACAUGCAGUGGGGCGCCACGUCCAAGGAGAAGGAGGACAGCAACUUCUUCCAGGAGAUGCCCCGCAUCUUCAAGACGUUCAAGUGGAUGUACCUCACCAUCGCGCUGCUCGUCGGCGCCUUGGUCUACCUCGGCGCCUUUGCGCCCCCGGACUGGGCCAUCACCGACUUCUCCGUCAUCGUGCCGCUCGCUCUCAACCUGGGGUUCCACGCCUUGGUCCCGCUCGUGCUGAACCCGAGCCUGAUGGUGUUCAAUUACUAGUCGAUACCGCGACCGAAUGCCGUUUUCUGCCGGUGUGUUCUCAGCGGGUUAAUCGUAUGAGGUAAAACGGUAUCUGGAUCUGUGUAGGAGUUUCAAGCCAUAUCAAGUAUGAGUAAAUAGAUGCGGGGCGCAAGGGACGGUGACGGAUGGAGUGCAAACCGGACAAGAUUUUUAAUGGUAAUGUAGGGGGAAUGUGCCCCCUCGAGUUUUCCUUUGUCGCUUCACUAUCGCCAUCAAAAGCUGCAUAUAGAAACCACAUGCACAAGCCUUGAUAUACGAGCAUUUAGACGC